UCCGAAUUCCGCGCUGCACGUGUUUUUCGGCCGAUUGAGCUUUUUCCGGCACACACUGAAACAUGGCUUCCCACUUCAGCAGCGUAUUGCAAUUAACAGACCUGGACGAUUAUAUCACUCCGUCUCAGGAAUGUGUAAAACCUGUAAAGGUACAGAAGGUACAAGGAAAAUCUGUGGCCAAAAUUCAGAUAGAAGAUGAUGGAAGUUACUUUCAGGUUAACCAGGAGGGGAGGCUGCAGAGGUUGGAGAAGGCGAAGAUCACGCUGAAUGACUGCUUGGCCUGCAGUGGCUGUAUCACAUCGGCUGAGAGUGUCCUGAUCACGCAGCAGAGUCAUGACGAGCUGUACAGAGUGCUCCGGCAGAACGAGCAGAGCAGCAGCGAGCGGAUGGUGGUGGUGGUGUCUGUGUCCCCCCAGUCCAGGGCCUCCCUGGCAGCACGUUUCGGCCUGAGCAGCUGUGACACUGGCAGGAGGCUCACUGCUUUCUUUAAGAAGCUGGGUGUGCAUCAUGUGUUUGAUACCGGCUUCAGCAGAGCCUUCAGCCUCCUAGAGAGCCAGCGGGAGUUUGUGGAACGCUUCCACCGGAAGGAGCAGGACCCAAAGGCUCUGCCAAUGCUGGCUUCAGCUUGCCCAGGGUGGAUCUGCUAUGCAGAGAAAACUCAUGGUGAUUUCAUUCUUCCUUACAUCAGUACCACUCGCUCGCCUCAGCAGGUGAUGGGCUCCCUGGUGAAGACCUUCUUUGCAGAAAAGCAGGGCUUGUCCCCACAGCAGAUCUACCAUGUCACAGUGAUGCCAUGCUAUGAUAAGAAGUUGGAGGCGUCCAGGCCUGACUUCUACAUCACGAAGUCGGAGAUCAGGGAGGUGGACUGUGUCAUAACCUCUGGUGAGGUUCUGAAGAUGCUGGAGCAGGAGGGCGUGUCUCUGCAUGAUGUGGAUCCAGCACCGUUAGACACACUGUUUAGCAAUGUGCUUGGGGACGAGUUGAUGAGUCACGCGGGUAGCGGAUCUGGUGGCUACUUGCACCACGUCUACACUUAUGCUGCUAGACAGCUUUUUGGAGUUGAUGUGAAGGAAAUCACAUAUAAGACACUCAAAAACAAGGACUUCCAGGAAGUGACUUUAGAGAAAGAUGGUGUCGUUCUGCUGCGCUUUGCUGCCACCUACGGCUUCCGUAACAUUCAGAACCUGGUGCAGAAACUGAAGAGGGGAAAGUCACCAUACCACUUUGUGGAAGUAAUGGCCUGCCCAUCAGGCUGUCUGAAUGGAGGAGGGCAAAUACGACCUCAGGCAGACCAGUCAAACAAAGAACUGCUGCAGCAGGUGGAGGAGCUGUACAAAGCAGAGAGUCCCAUGAACCCAGAGGAGGAUGAGCGCAUAUCAGAGCUGUACCAUACCUGGCUGGAGGGUGUGGGGGAGGCACAAGCCCGCAAGCUUUUGCACACCCAGUACCAUGCUGUGGAAAAGGCCAGCAGUGGCCUUAACAUCAAAUGGUGAAACUGUAAAGUAAGAAUCGCCUUAUGUCACUUGGAUUCCCUUUGGACUGCCGAAGCUGCAGGUGAGAACCUCACCAUGAGGCUGCUUCUUAGCAGCAUAACUGAGGGGUGCAUCAAGGUAAACUCAUAUGCAAGCAGACCAAGAGAGACAAAGGGACAAAUCUUUCAUUCACUUGCUCAUUAUCAGUAUGGAUCUGUGUAAUCACUGGGUUUCAGAAAAGUUUGGAGCACUUAUAUGACAAUGGUAGUUUUAUUUUUGUCACUGGAAAAUUUGUAUUCCAUCUCACCACUGAGUAAAAUGAACUGUCAUUCUUUCAUAUAUUCAUGUUUUUUUUCCCAGUUAUAUUUAUAAAAGUUUAUGCAGUGUGAUAUCGAAUAUACAAGUAUACACUAAAAUAUUGAUAUUUAAUCUCAUUGUUGGCUUAAUUAUAAAUUUUUUGUACAAAAACCACACCAAGAUAAAAUUUUUAUAUGCUGUUUCAUA